AUGACUACCGAAGCCCAUGUUCCUGGACCCAAGAAAUACAAGAGGAAGUACAAGUCCAAGGACGUGGACCCGACAUCUCCUAUGGGCGUGUUGCAACAUGAAAUCAAGGAGAUUUUGAGGGAUCACAAUCUCUCCGAGGAAGAUAUCCAGAAUGAUUUGAAGGAAUUGCUCAACGAUGUCUCAGUGGAGCAGAUGUACCACCGGAAUGUCAGCGAUGUGGAGGUCUUGCGCCUCUCGUCAAACGGAGAUGGCCUUGCGCUCAUACCGCAUCCGGCCAAUGCGGACAAGAAGCAAAUUGUCGUGGUUCCCUUCGCAUUUCCCGGUGAUGUGGUGUCGAUCCGCGUGUUCAAGUCACAUCCUUUGUACGUCGAGUCGGAUCUUCUCCGAGUGACCAAGUCAUCCAACAACAGGAAAGACGAAUUGAUCAACUGUAAGUACUUUGGUAAGUGUUCCGGAUGCCAGUAUCAGAACAUCGACUACGACACCCAGCUUGAGUUCAAGAGACAGACCAUUGUCAAUGCAUACCGCUACUUUGCGCCCAGGCUUUUUUCGGGCGAGCUUCCGGAAGUCGAGAAAACGCAAUCCUCGCCUUUGAAAUACGACUACAGAACCAAACUCACGCCACACUUCAAUGUUCCCAACCGAAUCCCGCAAGACUACAAGAGACCAUCCGUUGGUUUUGGCAGUAAAGGCCGCCCAGAAUGGCGCGAAAAUGUCCAGGGUGGUGACCAGCUGAUCCUUGAUAUCGAGGAGUGUUCGAUCGGCACGCCUAUUGUCAACCAGGGAAUGGCCAACGAAAGAAGCCGGUUCUUGGGUGACUUCAGAAAGUACAAGAAAGGAGCCACCAUUCUUUUGCGGGAAAACACUCUCUUCCCCGAUGCGAACGGUGAGUUCGAGCCGAAGAGUGGCUCCACGAAUCCUGAGAACGAGAUCUCCAAGCUUGAGGUCGAGGUUGGUGACAAGAAGCUUCUCAAGACAUGCGUCACGGAAUCGCGUACCAUUGUCACGGAGUAUGUGAACGGCUACACUUUCGAGUUCAGUGCGGGCGAGUUUUUCCAGAACAACAACCUGAUAUUGCCCAUUGUGACGGAGUACGUGAAAAACAACUUGCAGAUUCCAGGCUCGGGCGCCGAGGACCAAAACUACUUGGUGGAUGCAUACUGCGGGUCCGGGCUCUUCUCGAUCACGUGUCUGACGGGUGUGUCCCGAGUCAUUGGUGUGGAGGUUAGUGCAGACAGUGUCAAGUUUGCCGAAAGAAACGCCAAGAAGAAUAAGGUUGAAAACGCCAGCUUCAUUGUAGGCAAGGCGGAGGAAAUCUUUAAGAAUAUUGACACCCCAGCCGAGCGCACGUCCGUGAUCUUGGACCCUCCUCGCAAAGGCUGUGACGAGGUGUUCUUGAACCAGCUAAGCGCAUACCACCCGGCAAAGAUCGUCUACAUCAGUUGCAAUGUGCACUCGCAGGCUCGAGACAUCGAAUGGUUCAUCAACAACACAGAGACCGGAAAGGACUAUAAGGUUGAAAGCGUGCGAGGGUUUGAUUUCUUCCCCCAGACGCACCACGUGGAGUCCGUGGCCGUUUUGACUUUGAAAUAG